CUACAGUUUCAAUGUAUCUACCCGGACACAAUUCCGGUGCACACCACCGGCCAAAGAUGCACGUUUGUUUGUCGUUUUGAAUAGUCCAGAGUUUGGUUGAUCUUUCUUUCGCAGUGCAGUGGACUUCUUCUUCACGGAUUUGCAGGAUUGUGAGGAAGUACCAUGUCUCGUGCGAGCAUGCGCUGUCCGGGCUGCGGCUCCUCCAACAUCGUGGACGAUGAUCUGUACUGUCAGGCGCAGCUGGUGUGCGCAGACUGCGGCUCCGUGGUUUCUGAGGGGAGUUUGGCCGAAGAGUCCUUUAACGGCCCAGACAUCAGCUACAGCAGGACCACCGCUGUGACAAGAAAACCCUGCGUCAACCUAAUACAAGGUCUCGAGCGUGUGAAGGAAAUAUCUCGGAUUCUCAGAGUCCGCAGAGAAAUCGAGGAGCUGGCCCUGACGUACUACAAGCAGGCUUAUGAGCACGAGACCUUCCUCCACGUGACGCUCCAGAGAAAAGAAAUCCUUGGAGGUUGCUGCGUCCUUGCAAGCUGCAGACAGCAGAGGUGGCCCAUCACCGUGGGCACCAUCAGCUGCUUGCUGAAUGGCGACCCGGCGGCGGUGGGAGAGGUUUACCAAGAGAUGAUCAAAGUUCUUAACAUCCAGGCUCCCACCUUCAGUGUCACAGAUGUCAUGGAAGCUCAUUGUCAAGAAUACAAAGUGAGCCCUGGUCACGUUCCUGAAGAACUGGCUGAAGACUCCAAGGGCUUGACCAAGCGGGCCAUCGCCCUGGUGGAGCUGGCAGCAGAUUCCUGGAUCGUGACCGGCCGGCAGCCGCUGCCAAUCAUGAUGGCUGCGGUUUAUUUGGCUUGGCAGUCGUUGAAACCGAACGCACAGCGCCUCAAGAUGUCUUUGGAGAAAUUCUGCAAGUUGGCCAAAGUGCAGAAGAGCAAAACAGCUGGGACAAGGAUAACGGAGAUGAAGGGGAUGCUGUACAAGCUGGGAAAAGAAAUCCCCUGGUACAAGGAGGUCUUGACCCCCGAUAAUGUGGUUAGUCUGGUGGGGGACGUUCUGCAGCACCGCUUCUCUCUGCUAAGGAGAGCUUUGAAAUCCCACGAGCUCUCUCUGUUGGAGAAAUGUCCAGCGGGCCAGGUGAACCCUUCCUCUGCAGAGACCUCCUCCUCCUCUGACGUAUCAGAGGAUGCAGGUCAGACUCCAGUCAAAUCCUCUGUAAAUGCAGAAAAGGAAAAGCAGGGGAGAGAUGGAGACGAGAGUCUAAAAUCACCUUCAGAGGAAAGCAACCCUCAAACACAAGAAUUGACUCAAAACUGGGGGAAAAGAGUGCUGUUCGCUCCCCCGUGUGUGGUCAACGCAAAGAGAAAGAGAGCGGAGCGGCCGCCGCUGCAUGUGACCGGAGACGAGGAAAUCUCUGACAGUGAAAUCGAGUCAUACAUCCGAACUCCACAAGAAGCUCGAGACUUUGCCAUGAUGCAGGAGAAGCUUUUUACUUCCAACAAUGAGUCUUCAUGACGUGUUUCAGAUCGGUUGCACAUGUUCAUUGAGUGAUUCAUAAAUAGAAUUCCUAAAAUUUACCCCUUUGAUAGAUUUUGAGGAACCUUUUUGUAGUUUCCUUGUCUAUUUCUAAGAAACAUUUGACACUGUGAUAAACAUUUGGUUGGAUAUUGCAAAUGGGCAAAUAAUUCAGUAUUUUUUUUAAUUUUUAGUUGAAAGAAAACCUAUAAUUCAUCUGAGGUUAGAGAGACUUUGGAGAUCAGAGUCCAUCAGUUUAGCCAUAAAAUUAUACCUCUGAUUAUCGGUCUUUAUUUUAUUGCUUUCUACCUUUUUAGAUUAUACAAAUUCUUAUUGAUAUAAAAGAGAUCCAAAAUCAAAAUUGAAGGAAAAAGGUUCACAUCUUUUUUUGUCCUUGUGUUUUUUUUUUAAAAUUGGGCAUUUUGUGGAGGGUACGGAAGUCUGAGAUUGUUUUUUUAAGUGAUUAAUAAAAUAAGCUGUAACUGUUCAUUAGUGUUACAUGAGUUCCUUUUCUGAAAUUGUAGUUUGUUUGGCAAGAAAUUACGUUUUGACUUUUACUUUGAAAUUCUAAUAUUUUUGUCUCUAGUUGCUACAAAUUGUUGUGCUGUGAAAGAUUUAGUACAAAAAGUUAUUUCACAGCAAGGUUUGAGGAGAUCUGACCAGUUUGGCUCACUUAAAAAAACAAAGCAGUUCUAGCAAGAAGUUAGGGUUCAUUCAAAGUCUGUACAUGCACUUUAAUUUAUUCAAACAGGUAUUACAUUUAUUACCUUUAGCUUUAAAUCUUUUGUCUCCUGGUGAAAAUGCUUUUGUUUUUUCUGAAGUUGUAUUUAUUUAUUUGACAAAAAAGUGAUCCAUUUUGCUUCUUUUGUUUACUUUUGCAGAUUGUCAUUUUACCACAGAAAGGUUUCCCAGUAUGUUAUAUUGCACUGGCAUGUUGUGUAAAUGUGGCAUUAAACACUUUCAGACCUGAAACCGUUAAAUUAUUUCAUAAAUCCUGAA